AAAUUCUUAAAAAGAUUCCAAAUACCUAUAUUUCUGAGGUCAGAUACCAUUAUGCAAUAAGAUCUGCACUAUGAUAAACUUUCCGGGCAUGAUGACUGAAAUAUGCCCUGUUGCAUAAUCGCAAUUCGCAACUGACGUCACAAAGGUGUCAAAUAUUUAGAUAGAUCUAAAUAAGACCAACUAGUAUAAAAGUUGAAGUUGCCAAGGUACACAUAUCAGUUAGUUACGAAACUAAUAACAACACAGAUCAAAAUGUUCAGACUUGUGGUAUUGUCUGUAGUGCUCGCUGUGGCGGCUGCUAACCCCAGCGGUGUUUGGGGAGCUGGCUUGGCCACUCCUUUGGCUGCUGGCUGGAAUACACCUUGGGCUGCAGGAGUCGCCACACCCUGGGCGGCAUCUAUCGCCGCACCUCUUGCAGGAGUAGCUCCUCUCACCGGUUCCUUGGCUGUCGCUUCUCCCAUCGGGGGAUCAAACUACAGAGGCCCACUUUCUCUUGCCCCCGGUCAACCUGCCAACAUCUUGGCCGCUGACGGCAGGCCUUUGGAUACCCUGAGUGUAAAUUUGGAUCGCGCUGUUCACGCCACCGCCAAAGCCGUCGAAGGUAACGGACACUGGUUGAAGAAGAGGUCAAUCGUUGCUGCUCCCUUUGCUGCUACUCCCUUAGCCGCUGCCCCCUUAGGUUGGGGUCGCUCAUGGGCUGCUCCUGGCCCUGUCACUGUCGCUGCUGCUCCCAUUGCUCCCUGGGGCUUGGGAGUCGGUGCCCGUGUCGGACUUUGGUAAAUUACAAAAGGCUAGACAAGGAUAUUCGAAUAAUGUAAUAAUAAUAUAAAGAGAGUUACUGUACUUACAACUUUGUUUUAUUAGUAUACUAGUUGACCCGCCUCGGAAUCGCACGGGGAGCCCACCUAUUCUAUAAGCUCAUUAUACG